AUGCCCGACCACGCUGGAACGGCUGCCGCUGCGGCGCCGCAGAGCGUGUCGAACCCGACCCCGCCAAAGGAGCUCUAUCCCAUGGUGAACUGGAAGUACGACCUCUUCCUCUGGGUUCUUGGUGUCCUCGUCGACCUCUUCUUCCGCGAGGUUCACCCUCGAGGCUCCUGGAAGGUUCCCAAGACGGGUCCUAUCCUCUUCGUCGCUGCGCCUCACGCGAAUCAGUUUGUCGAUGCUCUGAUCCUCCAGCGCACCCUCCGCCACGAAGCCGGUCGCCGAGUCUCCCUGCUCAUCGCCCAGAAAUCUGUCCAUGGAUUCAUCGGCUGGGGUUCGCGCCAGGUCGGCUCCGUCCCCGUCGGACGCGCCCAGGAUGCCGCCAAACCCGCCUCCGGUGUCAUUUACCUCCCGGAUCCCAUCAAUGACCCUACACUCAUCCGCGGCGUCGGCACCAAGUUCGGCCAGGGCGAGGGUGAGGUCCACGGCAUGCUCUUCUUGCCCUCUGCCAAGAAGCAGACAGGCGCCAGUGUGGAUAUUGCGCAAAUCAUUGGUCCCGAGGAAAUUCGGCUCAAGCGCCCGUUCAAGGGCAAGUUGCCCAUGGAACAGCUGACCGGCCGCGAUGACAUCGACGAGAAUGGAAACUUCACCAACAAGAACAUCAAGGGUUGCGCCGAGGGCUUCCAGGGCACGAAGUAUAAGCUUGCCCCCCACAUUGAUCAGACCAAGGUGUACGAGGCCGUCUUCAACCGCCUUAGGUCCGGCGGCUGCGUUGGUAUCUUCCCGGAGGGCGGAAGCCAUGACCGUACCGAAUUACUGCCCCUGAAGGCCGGUGUCGCCAUCAUGGCUUUGGGUGCCCUUGCCGAGUCUCCCGACUGUGGUUUGAAGAUCGUCCCCGUUGGCAUGAACUACUUCCAUGCCCACAAGUUCCGCAGUCGUGCCGUUAUCGAGUUCGGCCCCCCCAUCGAGAUCGCCCCUGAAUUGGUCGACAUGUACAAGAACAACAAGAGAAGAGAGGCAAUUGGCCAGCUUCUCGACACCGUCUACCAGUCCUUGAGCGCCGUCACUGUCUCCACGCCCGACUACGACACCUUGAUGAUGCUCCAGGCCGCUCGCCGUCUCUACAACCCCACCGGAAAGAAGCUUCCACUGCCUGUGGUGGUGGAGCUGAACCGCAGACUCGCCAUGGGAUACGAACGAUACAAGGACGACCCGCGCAUCAAGGACGUGAUGAAGUCGGUCAAGGAAUACAACAAGCAGCUCCGCUACGUCAACCUCCGCGACCACCAGGUCCAAUACGCCAAGAUGUCUACCCCCAAGGUCAUUUUCACCCUCUUCUACCGCAUCGCGAAGCUCCUGGUCCUCUCGGUCGGCGUACUCCCUGGCCUGGUGCUGUUUGCCCCCGUCUUUAUCGCAUCGAAGGUCACUAGCGUUCGUAAGGCGAAGCAGGCACUGGCUGCUUCCACGGUGAAGGUCCAGGGACGCGACGUCAUGGCGACCUGGAAGCUUCUCGUAGCCAUCUUCCUCGCUCCCACGCUGUACCACUUCUACUCGGCCAUUGUCACGUACAGGGUGUGGAAGGACCAUCUCUGGGGACACGUUCCCGAAUGGGUGCCCUGGUGGACGACUUACCUCGUCAUGUGGCCACUGAUGGUGGGCAUCACGUUCGCUGCUUUGAGAUUCGGCGAGGUCGGCAUGGACAUCCUCAAGUCACUGAGACCUCUGGUCCUGUGCCUGAACCCUACAUCCAGCUACAACAUCCACCAGCUCCGUGCGAAGCGGGCGGAGCUCAGUGGCCAGGUUACUGAUCUUAUAAACACCCUCGGCCCCGAGAUGUUCCCCGACUUUGAGAAGACGCGCCUGGUUGCCGACCCGUACAGACCGCGCACUCCUCCGGCGCGCCGCGACAGCGACGCAUCCAGCGCCUACGACUCGGCUACCCCACCCUCCGCGAGGAGGGCUACGACACAGUCCAGCCGCAGUCUUCCCCGCAACGAGUCGUACAGCAACAUUGGCGGUGUUGGCAUCUUCUCCACGCGGCCUCCUUCCCGGUCUAGAAGUCGCAGCAGCAGCAGUGGUGGCGGUCUCAACUCGGGCGGUUUCCCCAUCAGUGGCUUUACCACGCUGGAUUCCGCCGGCGGGUUUGACGAGGCUAGCCGGAAGAUCCGCGAAGCCAUGAAGCUCCGUCGGAGAAAGAGCGGAGAUCACAAGAUGGAGCUGGGUGCUGACGAGAGCGAAGACGAGGAGUACAAUGAGGCGCGCAAGAAGAACACAUAA